AUGCCCGGGAGCGGCCUGCUCUGCCGUAAGUGCAGAAGCGGCUUCGCUCCUUCGGGUGAUACCUGGUGCUGCCUCUGUUCGGGCGCUUCGGCGCUGAACGAGAGUGCUAAGCACCGGUUUCACUCGUUGGCUCACCGGUCGUUGGCUGAGGAACUAGUAGUCCAGGUGUCCCGGCAAGUACAGGGGCUGGUGAAGCUGGACCGGCAGGUGCACUCUCAGGUCACUUCGCUGUCCGACCGCCUUGAGCAUACGAAGGGGCGACUGGACGAGGUGACCAACACUGUGGAUAGGAGCGCUCACCCUAAAAGCUCCGCGGCUCGCCGCAGCCCCCAGGGCGCUGAGCCGGUUGAAAGGGUGAAAGAAGAAGAAAAGGAAAGGCGCAGCGAACGAGAGGCAGACAAGCACGGGGAAAAGGAGGCUGACUACGGGUCAGGCAGCGACUACGAGGACGAGGAGAGCGAGGAAGAAGGAGAAAGAAAGGAGGACAAGCCCGCAGAAAGGGAAGUACCCCUUGCAGCCCCUCGGGGGCACGAGGCGCCGAAGUCCCCGCCAGGGCCUCCGCCUCCACCCCCGGUUCGGGAGGACCGCAGGAGCCGCCAAAGGUCUCGUAGUCCGCGAGAGCGCCGAGACAACAGAAGCGGCAAGAGGAGGCGCCGCGGUGGAAAGAAGCAUAAGCAACAGUUUCGAGGUUUGGAGAACCCCGAUCUGCAGUUCCACCAUCCGCCGCGCCACGACGCCAUUGAUCUGGGGGAGGUUCUCACUACCGAGGACCGCCAAUUUUGGAAGAACUGCCCGAUCGAAGUGGGGGCGGUUCUGCAGCUUCCCACUCAUCGUGGGGAGCCUCCAGAGGUGGAAGACAGCAACAUGGCCGUCUUCGUCCACAGUCUGACCGAGGACGAGUCUGGCCUUUGGCUUCAAGUCAAAUUUCUCGGCGGCGCUCAUCCCUGGUCCCGCGACCGUGGGAUCAAAAUCUUCUCCAGAGAGCGGAGGGCCAUCCACGUAUGUUUGAUGGGCGUCACAGACUGCCCGGUAGACGCCGAAAAGACCUGGCACGUGGAGCGCUUCACGGUGUUUCCGCCGGGCGUUCCACCCCCGAGUUAUGUGGAAAAAGCCAAAAGGAAGGACUGGAAGAAGCUCUAUACCAGGAGCAUUUCCCUCAAGCAGGAGGAGACGCCGGAGGAAGGCCGAAGAAGGUCCCCGGGAGAAGCCGGCCGUGCGUUAGCGCUGGCCAUCAAGAACGAGCCCGAAGCAGCUGUUCACGUGAGCAGCAGCUCCACGCCCGAGCGCCGGCGAAAGGAUCGCUCGGUGUCGUCCAUGCGGGCGGCGCUGGCAAAAGCCGCUGCGCAGCACCGCGAGGACGCCCGAACAGGCCGAUCAUCGCGCGCACGACGGCGAAGGAAGGGCCGCAGCGGUUCCCGCGACCGGCGAAGGAGGAGCCGCUCCCGACGGCGGCGGCGAAGGAGGGGGGACUCCCGCGACAGUCGGUCCAGGUCGAGGAGCUCAAGCAGCAGCGACAGCAUGCUGCCCCCCCUGCAAAAGAAAGCCGCCAAAAGCCCUGGGUCAGUGUUGAAGAUGCUCCUCACGAGCGUGGGGGUGGCUCUCGCCGAUGCGGCCGUGCAAGAGGGGGUGCAUAGACUACCUGAAGGCCGGGCGCUUACCCGAGCUGGGGGAUGCGGUGGCUGGCAGGUUCCUGGUGGUGGAAAGUGCCGGGCUGACCAACAAUUGGCAGGAUGCGCAGCACCUGGAAGUAAUUCCACCCAUGGGCAGGCAGGCCUUGCAGCCCCUGCGGUGCUACUGCAAGCGCAACGCCAUGGUCGAGCCGUGGAGAAGGCCAUAGGGAAGCGGAACUGGAGGCCCGGGGGAGACUAUACCCGGAGCACCGCUCACCCAGCCGAAGGAGGUACCCCAAGCGGGAAAGACGAGAAAGGUCGCGGCAAAGGCGGAGGACGCGGAAAAGGAAGAGGCUUUGGCAAGGGUGCAUGGAGAGCCCCCGGCCAAAUGAGCCCCGGCGAGUAUGACGGCCCGAGCAGCAUUGCUGCUGGGCCGGUGGAAUACCCUGAACCCGACGCCUCCUCCGGCGAGUCGGAUGGGUUCGAUCCGAUUCUUCUGCAGCUGGCCCUUUUUGAAGUGGCCGCUGACCCGGAUGGGGUGGCCGCUACAGACCCUUACGGUGGCCGACUGCCUGGGUUGGCAGGCGAAAUGCCAGCGGACCGCGCUGGGGCAUUUGAAAGCCCCGUGCGCGUUUUUCCCAAUGAAACCGUCGCAGCUUUUGCGACGCCCGGUGCGUUAGGCAUCACACUGGCAGAGGGGAUUGGCCAUGGGAUUGUUCCUAAGGGCAUGAACUCCUUGCUAGAGAUGGUCGAGCACACCACGCCGAUAGGCGACGUGCUGAGCAAAAAGAUAUCCUACGAUGGUGAGGAGUUCGCGGAGCCGCUUCCCUUGACUUGGAGGCAAAUCGAAAAGAGCCUGCCCCCAGCUGGCCAUGGCGGGUCAGUUGACCUGCUGCCGUUGCUGGUGGGGCGGGCUCGCUACCUGGUGCAGAACCCGGAGGAGCUACUAUUGGGACCUGAAGCCAGGGAGCCCGGGCCGAACAAGGCACAAGUGCACAUCGCACCCGGUGAAAAGUUGGAAGUGUGGCAGCUUCUACGUGAAAGAGGAAUAGUGGAUUGGCUGGAGCUGGAGCAGGUCUACUCGGACGCUGGAGGGCCAUUUCUCUCCGGGAUGUUUGGUGUCGCCAAAGCCGGGCGCUUUACGGAAAGUGGGGACCCACUGCUCAGGGUCAUCAUGAAUCUGAAGCCCAUAAACAGGGCGCUGGCUAUCAUCCAGGGAGAUAUAGCCGAGCUGCCUUCGGCCAUGGCGUGGUGCCAAUUAGCCCUAGAGGAAGACGAGACGAUCCACGUCAGCCAGGCAGACAUGAGCUCCGCCUUUUACCUGUUCAGGUUACCCCGUGCCUGGCAUCGCUUCUUGGGGUUCAAUGCCAAGUUCAACGGCAAACUGCUGGGGCUUGAUCAUUCAAAGGUCUAUGUCCCAGUCUGCAAAGUUCUUCCGAUGGGCUGGUCGAGCUCCGUGGGGCUAAUGCAGAUGGCCAGUCGAGAACUUAUCCGUCGAGGCGAUCAGCUGGGGGCGGAAGAACUUCGGCGGCAAGCUGUGGCUCCCGGGUGGUUUGUAGACCUGGUGCUACGGGCUGGCCCGCAACAGUUCUGGCAGGUGUACCUGGACAACUACAUGUCAGGUGAAGUAAGCCUAAAGGGCUUGGAAUCAUCGACCUCAGCCGUUCUUCACCAAGGGGCGGUCGCUGCUUGGACUGGCGAAGGCGUUCUCUGCGCUGAGGACAAACACGUCCUCGCUGCGCGAGACGCAGUGGAAUUAGGCGUGAACAUCAACGGGGACGCUGGACUCGUGGGCGGCAGCCCUGAGAGGCUGCAUAAGUUGGUGGUAGCCACCCUCAUGCUGCUGGGCCAGACCCUUCCCCGGGUAAAAUGGGUUCAGAUUCUCUUGGGCCGCUGGAUUUUCGUGCUUCAAUUCCGCCGACCGGCCAUGGCAGCACUGAGUAAGUGCUGGAACUAUGUGAAGAAAGGUCAGGACCGACGGCGCUGGUGGCCUGUGGUGCAGCAGGAACUCUCGACCCUUCUAUGCCUCCUGCCGCUACUGCACACUGAUCUGAGGGUCAGCUUUUCGGACACUACAACGUGCUCGGAUGCUUCACACUUUGGUGGGGCGGUCGCGUCUGCCGUGUCGCUCACUGGCGCUGGCUCCCAGCUGACCCACCGGCUCCAAUCUAGAGAGCUGGAGCCCAUUCAGGCCAACCUCUUGGUGGUCUCAGCCUUUAACGGCAUAGGGGGAGCAUUCCGUGGCUACGACUUAGCUGGAGUGCGGCCCGCUGCGCUGAUUUCCAUAGAAUGGGACAGAGCGGCGCAGAGGGUCACAAGAAAGGCCUGGCCGCAUGUUUUGGAAAUUGGAGAUAUAGAGACCAUCUCCAGGGCUACAGUCCAGGAAUGGUUCAACACCUUCCCGCGGGUGACGCGGGUGCACUUGAUCGGAGGCUUCCCCUGCGUUCACCUUUCAUCGGCCCGAGCAGGCCGUCAAAACUUGGAAGGAGAAGGCUCCCGCUUAUUUUGGACCCUCCUACAACUACUACGAUGGUUGCGAGAGGUCUUCGAGCCCCUGGCCGUAGUUGACUUCGUGGUGGAAAACGUCCUGUCGAUGGAUGUGUCGGCCAGGGUGGAAAUUUCCCAAUGGUUGGGCGUAGAGCCCCUCGCCCUCUGCCCAUCCGACAUCCUACCGUACAACCGCCCUCGUUUGGCGUGGGUAAGUGCACCAGUUACUGCCACCGAAGGCACCUGCUUCACCAAACAGGGCGAUCUCACGCGAGUACAUAUGUCAGGGGCUGAGGUUGCUGAUCAUCAAUGGAUUGACGAUGGGUGGUCGCGGUACAACCCAGACGGGAAGUUACCCACCUUCAUGAAGGCAAUACCGAGAUCAAGACCACCACCUCGUCCGGCAGGACUAUCCCGCUGCAACCCGGCCUGUUGCGAGCGGUGGCAGUCCGAUAGGUUCCGCUUUCCUCCCUACCAAUACCUGCUGGAGCACCUGCUCGUCAACAAAGAAGGAGACUUGCGCUACCCCAAUGCAGGUGAAAGAGAAAGACUGCUUGGCUUUGGUUGCAGUCACACUAUGUUUGCUUGGCCAGCCAACAAAGUCAAAGGUGCCGAACGGGACUUUGAAGAUAUCAGGUUGUCUCUGUGUGGCGACUCCUUCUCUAUGCUGUCUUUUGGAUGGGUGAUUAGCCAGCUUUGCAAACCCUACCGCACGCCUCUUGCGCCUGCAAUGAUCAUUGCUCGCAUGGGGCUCGCUCCAGGGUGUGGGCUCGCUGGCCACUUGGCCGCGCCUAUACAGAAAAGGUUAUGCUAUGGGCCUCCUCCCGAUACUGCCGUGGCGGCGGCUCAGCUUACAGCUCAUUUGUCCCGGCACGUGAACCACACUGGAUCGGAUGUGUCGCUGGCCCUGGGCGUCCCCUUCACCAACAAAGGAGCCAGUCAUGUCACCUUGCGGGCCGACUGGUGGACGCGCCCCAUCACCAAGGGCAAGUCGCUGGCUGAACGAAGAGCCGCGCGACGAGGAGUUUCCUUGCGUGGUGUGGGAAUCAGCCCUAAAACCGAAGCUCGCUACACGUCGGCUCUGGCAAUGUUGAUGCCCAGCUUGGAGCAAGCCGGGUCAAUGGAAGACUUGGAUCCGCUCUGCGAGGAGUGGAUAGAGUGCCAAUGGGUCAAUGGCACACCCCUCGGGGUCAUUGGCGAUGCGCUGUGCGCUGCCCAUUUCUACUGGCCCCAGGUCAAAGGCCAUCUCAGAGGCUCGUGGAAGCUGUAUCGAAAUUGGCGGCGCAUCGAAGUACCUCAACGGGCACCUCCUUUACCCAGGUUGGUCUGCAGGGCACUCAUAAGCUAUUUCACCGAGCGUGACGAUCCGGUCAUGGCAUUCCUUCUAGCCCUAGGCUUCCACACCUACUUGCGGACAGGAGAAAUCCUGAAACUGCAGGUGCGAGAUGUGCUGCUGACUCCAAACCAUGGUGUCGUGUCAGUGCGUCGAAGCAAAACAGGGCUGCGCUUCAAUAUGGAUGAAGCGGUUGCCAUCAAUGACCGAUCGCUGCUCGAGCUUUGGGAUCUCUGCCGGUUGGUUCACACCAUGAGGCCCCAUGACUUCAUCUGGGAUCGAAGUGCUGCUUCUUUCCGCAGCCACUUUUAUACAGGUAUCAAUUUCUUUGGUCUGUCCGACCUCCAGUUUCAAUGCUACUCCAUCCGAAGGGGUGGUGCUACACACAGCUUUCAGACUCAGCAGUCCCUGGAGUCAAUCCUUCUCAGAGGAAGAUGGCGGGCCUUGGGCGUCGCCCGCCUGUAUAUCGAGGCAUUUGCGUUGUCACAGGGCAAUGCGGUAGAGGCCAUAGGGACAGCAAGAGAUGUUGCAGUGGAACCUUUCAACAAGACACGGAACGGCAAGGGCUGGGGCUGGGGCAUGUGCGUUAUGAGCCCAAAGGGCAUGAACGAUGAUGCCAUGAUACGUCGCCGCAGAGACUUCAUGGCGCUGGAAGAUGGCCAAUUGGCCUUGCAAGACCAAGGUGAUCAGGAGGAGAGACCAGGUGAAGAGGCGAGGGAAGCUGCCAACGGUUCUGAAAGGGAUCAUGGGGCUCGUGAAGAGCUUGGAGGGAAAACGGAUGUUGCGACCACAACAGCUGAAUCUCCGCAGUUAUCCAGACCACAGACUUCACCUAAGGCAUUUGGUCCUCAACCAAAUGGGGUUGACAUGGUUACACCAGAGCAAGAGAGCCUUGUCAAGCCUACUCCUGCUAAGGGUCCCCUUGGAAAGCAAUCCAAUGCUGGACAGGUUGAAUCUCAGGUCGCCUUGACAUCAGAGCAGCCGUUGUUCACUCCUGACCAGGUUAGAGCCUUUGACAAUUUGCAUCGACAGGCACCAGGAAUCUAUGGUCACAUGCCACCUUUGAUGUCUGCACCAGUUGAUCCACGUUUUGCACUUCAACCACAUGCAGAUUCACGUUAUGCCAUGGCUUCACAUGACAUGCCCAUGGUACCAGUAGUUCAAAGACCGACCUUUUUGGAAGAUGAAGAGAAGCGAGUCUUUUUCAGAAUGUUGAGUGAAGAAAGAAUGGAAAUGCAGAGAAGUAGCCAACAGUUUCUGAAAGAGAUACAGAUGUUGAGAGAUGAAAAUGUAGCUUUGAGGAUGGACCUGCAGCAGGACUCUAGAAGAUUCCAUACUCCGCCAGAAGUCUCAAGCCAGGACGACAUCCAGGUUCGAAGACAGGAAAGGUUUGGAGAACUUCAUCCACGCCGAAGCUUGUUUGAAGAUGAGGAGGAUGGGGCCAGAGCCCGGCAAGAUCAGGAGGACGGGGCUAGGGUCCGACAAGCUAAGGAGGAUGGGACUAGAGUCCAGCAAGCGAAGGAGGAAGGGGCCAGAGCCCGUCAAGAUCAGGAGGACGGGACUAGGGUCCGACAAGCGAAAGAGGAAGGGGCCAGAGCCCGUCAAGACCAGGAGGAAGGGACCAGAGUCCGGCAAGAACAGAGUGAAACAGGCAAAGGAAGAGGUAGUGGAGGUGGAUGGCGAUCUAUGUCAAGAGAAAGAUCCAGGUCGCACUCAAAAGAUUCAAGAGGAAAAGAAAAGAUUGAGGAGGGUAGCAGCACACAUCACAAAAGCUUGGAGGUGAUGUCGCUGAUGCUGCAAUCGAUGCAAAAGCUGAUGGAGGAUCGAGAUGAACGUGCUGAAGCUGUCAGGACAGUUAUUCCUGACCUCCCUCAACUUCCAGAAUGGUCAGGCAAUGGGCCCAUAGACAUGGGGAACUGGCUGGUUUUGCUGGAACCAGUAAUGUCAGACCUGUCGGCGAACUCAGAACUUUGGUGGAAGCGCACACUUGAGGAGCUGCAGAUUUGGUAUGAAGAUCAUAUGAAGCUUGCACCAUUGGCACGUUCCUCACACUCUAUGGAGACUCCAGCAGCUUUACAGGAUCGAAAGUGGGCCAGAUUGGAGCGCCGGGUGGCUUCGAUGUUGCUCAAAGCCAUUCCAACAGGUGCUCGAGAAGAGAUGAUCUCAGGCAAGAAGACCACAGUCUUUGCCAUCUUGGCGACGCUCCAGGUGGCAUAUCAACCAGGUGGUUUAGCAGAAAAGGAAAUCAUUUUGAGAAACCUUGAGCAACCAAAUGAAGCCACCUCCGUACAAGAGGCGGUACUCAGUCUCCGCAGAUGGGGACGCUGGCGCACGAGAGCGCAAGAGCUGGGAGUUGCUGAGCCAGAUCCCAGCAUCCUCAUGCGUGGAUUGACACGCCUGACAAAGCGUGUGGUGGACAACAACCGAGAACUGUUGUUCAGGAUCUCGCUUGCCAGGAGCACUCUGAUGGUGGAUUGUGCCCCUACAAGGUCUUCGGUGUCCCAGUUUGCCAACCAUCUUCAAGCAGAACUGGAGCAGAUAGCGCAUGUGGAAAGACGAGGUGCUGCUGCAGCCAACAACAAUAAGCAGGAAGUGAAGGUAAAGAAGCUUGAAGAAAGGACUGAGGCGAAGGGAGAAAGCAAAGGCAAGGGUAAGAGAGAAGAGAAGGGAGGAGAAAGAAUGCCAUGCAAGUUUUUCCUCACAGAAGAGGGUUGCAAGAAAGGAAAAACAGUGCACAUGGCAGCAUGCGUUGGAUGGUCAAAGACGUUGCUGGCGCUGUGGAUCGACACAGCACUUAGAGUACAAGCAGAAAAGGAGGCGAGGGCUACAGAAGGGUCUGCAACAGCUUCCGUCCCUUCAGAUGUUGGAGAGGCGGGUUCCAGUGCAAGCAACGAAGAAGUGAUGAAGUCGCUGAUUGAAGAGGCUGGCAAGAUGCUUAAAGGUAUGCCAGUGCAAGAGCAUAGAAAGUCAGAAGAAGAAGAGAAAGGAGACAAGUUGCAGCAGCUUCAGAAGCAGCUUGAUGCGUUGGCCAGGGCUAACGUCAAAGUUUUGAGGCUGACAAAGCUUGGCGGACAUGGCGAACGAGGUCUCAUCGACUCUGGGGCCACACACGCCUUGAGAGGAAGGCGCCCUAGAGAAAAGGUUGAGAUGUAUCCCAUUGUCGAGGUUCAGCUUGCUGGGGGAGAGAUGAAGAGGAUGCAUCUUUCCCCACAAGGGAUUCUCAUCGGGGACAAGGACACCGAGCCGAUCAUCCCCAUGGGCCUCUUGACCAAAUGUCUUGCGUGCGACAUCCAGUGGACGUCAGAAGGCCUCAAUGUUCUGCAUCCAGAUCUAGGCCAACUUGAUGUGAUCAUCGACCAUGGAUGUCCGAUGCUGGAAAGGAAUCAGGCGCUGUUGUUGAUCAAGCAGUUAGAAGAUUUGACAGUCGUCAAGAUGAAGGAACUGGGCAUUAGCCAGAAUAGAGAGCUGCAGUGGCUCACGAGGCUGGUGCGGGAGCACCCAGCCUUUCGCAGUCUCCCAGAGGAGCUCAAAGGAAGGCUGAUUGAAGAACCGGCCAUGGAUGCCACAGCACUGGGCAACAGAAGGCAAAGAAAGAGGUGGAGGAAUGAAGGUGUAGCCAUACAUUUGUUUUCAGGAGGCAAAGAUGGCUAUCCGUUGAAGAGAGCUUUCAAGGAGGUGGGAGGACAACCUCACAGACUUUUGGAGUUGGACAUAGCACAUGGUCAUGAAGGAGCAGAUUUGUCACCUUCAGGCAAGGCGUAUGGUGCGCUUCUCAGGCUUGCCUUUGAUGGACAGAUCAAAGGAUUGAUUGGAGGGCCUCCAUGCAGAACGAGAUCAGUUUUGAGGCACAUGGAGGUGGAGGGCAUGAAGAAUAUGCCCCGACCUCUUAGAGCAUGGCAUGGUGAGGAAUUUGGAAAAUUUGGCCUCACUUCACAAGAAAAGAACGCAGUUUUGGAAGAUGACACUCUCCUUUUUCGUUUUCUUCUCAUCUUCGUCGUCUCAGAGGAAGUAAGAAAAGCUUUGAGGAGGACGCAGAAAGUCUCUUUUGGCAUGGAGCAGCCGGCUCCACCAGAAAACAUGGAGGAGGUGGUUAGCUGGUGGAGGACGGAGCAGUGGGCAGCUUUGAAGAAUCUUUACGAUUUGAAAGAGCAGACCUUCAAUCAGUCGUCGUUUGGAGGUACUGCCACAAAACCUACAACACGGGCAGGAAAUCUGAAGAUCCAGCUGCCCCUGUGUCAGAAGCGAGGGGAGCCACGAAACGUAGAAGGCAUGAACAGAGGAGAGAUCUUCGAAUCUUCAAAGAAGUUGUCAAGGUGGGCUCCGGGGCUGAUGCGUGAGAUUGCAUGUGCUCUUCAAGCUCAAGUCUGGCAUGCUCCAGUUCUCAAAAGAAUGACCUAUGAGAAGUGGCGGGAACAUGUUCUCGCCCACCACGUCCCAUACAACAAGGAAUGCAACAUAUGCCAGGAGGCAUGUGCCAAAGAGCCUUACCAUCGGAGGUCAAGGCUACCACCCAAAGCAGGAGUGCUUUCAAUCGAUGUCUCUGGUCCUUUUCAUGAAGCCCCUGAUCUCUUUCGAGGGACCAAGGCGAAGUACAUGCUUGUAGGAGCCUUCACAUGGCCCUCGCAAAAGACAGCAGAACAAAGGAAGAAAGAGAAGGAGGAUCUCUGGCAGGUCAAGGCAGACUUGGAAGAGGCACCAGAGAUAGAAGAUGGAGAAGAAUAUGCGGAUGAUGAAAGAUCAGAAGAAAAGCAGAGAGAAGAGGAGCCAAGAGAAGAACACAGAGAGAACAUCAGAGCAGACGGGGGUUUAGAUGAGGAACUUCCCCCGGAAGAAAGAGAGGAAAUGGAGAUUGCAGAAGAAAUUGGACAGUGUAAGAAGCCAUUUGGGAUGGAUCUCAUCCGCCUGGUCACCCCGAUGUCUUCGAGAAAUCAGAAAGAAGUGCUCAAGGCUGUCUCCAAGUUUUACUUGCAGCUGAAGGCAGACGGGUAUGAGGUCAAACAACUUCAUAGUGACCAUGGUGGUGAAUUUGAAUCAGAGGCCCUACAGGCCUGGUGCGAGGCAAGAGCCUUGCUGCACACGUGGACGGCUGGAGAUCAGCCCCAGUCAAAUGGGCGGGCUGAGCAAUCAGUCGGUGAGAUCAAAGCGAGGAUCAGAAGGAUGUUGAAAGCUGCAGGUGCCAACUUCAGCAGGUGGCCCCUAGCAGCAAGAUGCCUCCACGAAAAACUCAGAGCAGAAGCACUUGGCUUGAAGCCGAGCCCGCCGUUUUUGAGCGAAGUCUAUGUCAGGAAAAGAUUUUGGCGAAGCAAAGAGCUGGAACCAACACAGGAGAAGGUGCUCUAUCUGGGUCCAUCGUGGAUUGAUCACGGUCACUGGAUAGAAAGAGAAGAUGGAAGCAAAGCUCUCACUCGCAUCGUCAUCACCAAUUUGGCUGAACCACCACAAGAUCAUCACUGGAUCGCUUUAGAAGAUCACAUCAGCCCAUUAGAGCAGCGGAAAAGACUUCGUGAGAAGACGGCAGUGAAAGCUUUUGAGGUCAUUGAGGAAGAAGAAGAACAGAGACAGCAGAAAGAACAGUUGAAUCAGAGAAGGAUUCAGAAAGUCAUAGAAGAGGAGAUGACAACGGCAGUGUUUGAUCAUCAAGGUGUUUUAGAGGAGGUUCUUGAAGGAGUAGCAUGGUUGAAGGAAGCCAUUGUGGAGGAAGGAAAUCAAGAAAUCCUUCAAACCAAGGUGGUUUCACAUGGAGAAGUACGAAGAAAUGCAGCUGCUUGGAUUCCCGCCAUCAAAGCGGAGCUGGAAUCGUUGAUGGUGCUCAAAGGGGCGCUAAAAGUAGUGGAGGCAGAAGAAGGGAAGAGGCUGUUAAGAGAGGAUCUUGCAGAAUUCAUCCCAUCAAAGUUUGUCUUCACGAUCAAGCCACAGCCUGGUCAGAGCUCAGGCAAGCUCAAGGCCAGAUUGGUUGCUUGCGGAAACUACAUAGAAGAUCAACCAAAUCAAGAACUCUAUGCGGGGGGAGCAGGAGCCGUAGCUUUGCGCCUGGCUAUUGCUCUGGCCGCUCAACGGUCUUGGUCUGCCAUCGCGCUUGAUGUGCGGACUGCAUUCUUGAAUGCUCCCAUGAAGCUGCCAGAGGAGGAGGGAAAGCCACCUAGAAGAGCGUUGAUAAAACCGCCAGCACUUCUUGAGGAGCUUCAGCUGGUGAAGAAAGGCGCUUUCUAUGAGGCAAUCAUGGCCCUCUACGGCUACCGUCAAAGCCCUCGACUCUGGAGCGACUUUAGAGAUCAAGAAAUGGAAAGAAUGGAAGCAGAAGUAGAGGGAAAGAGAGUUCAUAUGGUCCAACUCCUCACAGAGCCUGGCCUUUGGAGAAUUUUAGAAGAGGAUGAAGAAGGAGAAGAAGAGUUGAAAGGCGUUGUGGUUGUCUAUGUGGACGACAUGUUGUUUCUUGGAGAAAAGUCACACAUCAACGCCAUGGUCAACAAGGUGAAAGAAAAGUGGGAAACAUCUCCUCCAGAAGAAGUGGGAGACACAGAAGGUGUGAGGUUUUUGGGUUCAGAGAUUUGGAAAAACAAAGAUGGUUCAUGGAGUGCCACACAAGAAAACUACACCCGAGAUCUUCUACAACGAAAUCUGGGGGGAGAAGCUGAAAAGUGGAAGAUCAAGAAAGUGCCGAUGUCCCAAGAGAUUGAGGAGGCAGAACCAGAGAAAAGAACGCCCCAACUAGUGAAGUUGGCGCAAAAGGCAGUAGGAGAAUUGGUGUGGUUGGUGACGCGAUGUCGUCCAGACUUGAUGCUGGCCACCUCAAAAUUGGCCGCUGCCAUCACCAAGAACCCGGAGGCUGUUGUCCAAGCCAGUGAGCAGGUUUGGGCAUAUUUAGCUGGCACACCUUUGGGGGGUCUUCAUUUUCCACCUGAUCCUGAAGAUCAAAUUUUGAAAGUUUACGCUGACGCGGCAUUCGGCACCACGUGCCAUGGAUGUACUCUCAUCAAGUGGGGUCAGAGCCCCAUCCUGUGGAAGUCGUCCAGACAUUCCACCUUUUCUCACUCCACUGCAGAAGCAGAGCUCAUGGAACUAGUUGAUGCAGCAUCAGCUGGUGACGCGGUUCGAGUAGUGAUAGAAGAAUUGGUGGAUGGAAAGAUCAUCAGCGUAGCUUUUACCGACAGUUCGUCGGCUUUGGCCAUAGCGACAGGAGAGACAGGAGCUUGGAGAACCAGGCAUUUGCGUCGUCGAGCACUCAAUUUGAGAUGGAGAGUUUCUCGCGGCGAUUGGGCAGUUCGCCAUCUAGCAGGCUCAGAAAUGCCAGCUGAUUUGGGAACCAAAAUUUUGGGCGCAGAAAGAUUUCUCAAACUGAGAGAGAUGCUGGGCAUGAAAGAUCAAGGAGAAAAGGGAGGCACACAGGAGAAAAGAAAGGAAGAGGAGGAGAAAGCACAAACAGAAACUCCUUCAAAGGAAGGAGUAAAGAAAGCAUUGCAGCUGUUGAUUGUCGCAGCCACUAUCUCUACUGCGAAUUCUCACAGCAUGGUGCACUAUCACAGUUCUGAGGAAAUUCAAGAAUGGAGAGAGAGAACGUGGUAUUGGCUUCCACUCAUCUUUUACACCCUUUUUGUCAUUUUGGUCACUUUGCUUCUUCCAUGUUUGUGGAGAAGACUUGCUCCGCAACCACAGCCACUUCAGGCUGAUUAUGUAUUCAGAAACGAAGAGAGACAUUUAGAAGCUGAGCUCCGCGACCAGAAAGGAAAAGGAAAAGGUCAAGGUGGUGAGUCAAGUGAUCAGGCGAGAAGGAGGAAUCAGGUGAAAGGAAAAGGUAAGAAUGAAGAAAGACAGGAGGCUGAGGUGCCAUCUCCAACUCCUUUGUCCAUGCCUAUGUCAUCAUCUCAAAGUUCAUCUUCAAAAGGGAAAGGUCGUGAGGAAAGGUAUAUAGCCAUUCAAGAAAGAGCGACUCAUUUGUUUCUGACUGGAACUGGUGGGAAGUAUCACGUUGAUCGAAACUGCCAUGGACUGCGAAAGGCCGUGCAUAUCACUGAAAGCGAAUGGUGUCGUCAGUGUUUACAUGUUGGUCAAAGAGUUCAAAAGCUGUUUUCGAAAGGCAUUGGUCACAAGUUGCAUAGGAGCAUCACCGAAGAGUGUACUGCUUUGGAAAGCGUGGAUAGCUUCAGAGAAUACUAUCCAUGUCAUAUUUGUGUUCCACUGCCAGCAGAACCAUUUAUCAAAGGAAGUUCAAAGGGCUUGAGUCAGACAUAG